AUGGCCAACUAUAUCAACACACCACAGGCGACCGAUGCCUCUUACAUCACCAACGGCCUGGACCGUCUGGGGGAGAUCUCGCCUGAGAAGUCCUUUGCGGCACCCCCAGAAAAGCGCGAUUUGAUCAGCCAGAUGAGGGACGCGAAAACCCAGGUCGUCAACCUCCGAACUCCUCGAGCUGGACUGCGAGAUCCCCUGCGCCUGCUCCCAAAUGGCAACCAGGUUCGCUCCGAGUUCACGCCACUCAUGCAAAGCGCCACAAGGAAGAACAUGGCCCGCCGCCUUUCGAGUAAAAAGCCCGGUGUUCAGGCGACUCCUUCCUAUCUCAAAGGUGGCUACACUCCUGGGGCACCGAGACUCAGCGAUGUGUCGCAGUUUGCGAGCGAACACACUUCGAGCUCGGCUGGCAAUGCCCUUGACAACACUCCCAUGCCUCAACAGAUUAGCAGCAGCGCACAAAGUACACCCCUCACACAAUUACCGGGACGAGAUGCGGCCGGACUUGUCAACGAUGGGAACAUGAUGACGUUGCGCGAGCAAGAAAGCAUCAUUGACAAGAUUGAGAAGGAGAAUUUUGGCCUGAAGAUGAAGAUACAUUUCUUGGAGGAGGCUUUGUCAAAGCGAGGCAAUGAGUUCAACCAAGCUGCACUGAAAGAAAAUACCGAUUUAAAGGUCAACCGGAUCACCAUGCAGCGCGAAUUACACAAGUUCAAGAAGCAUAUUGCCCAGGCCGAGAAAGAUGCAGAGGUCUAUCGACUGCAGCUUGAAGAGUUCAAAGAACGGAUUAGACGGAAACAAGUGGACGAAAAUGUCCGCAUUGAGCUCCAAACUCUCCGUACCGAGGUAACCACAAAGGAGAAGCGGAUUAAGGCACUGGAGACCGAGAGAGAUUCUGCAGAGGACCAAGGGAAAUCGACAAUUGAGAAGCUGAAAAAUGAGAUUGAAGACCUCCAGGCUGAACUGCGUGAGAAGGACCGGAAAAUUGACGAGAGAGAGGAUGAGAUUGACGCUCUAAAAGCAAAAGCAAGCAAGGAAUCAAAUGAUGCCGCUGAAGUUGAAGAUGAGCUUGAGUCCGCACGACAAGAAAUCGAAGAUCUCAAGCAGAACUUGGAGCGAGCAAAAGCAGCAGCACAAGAGGCAAAGGAAGGCCAAGAAGAGGCUCUCGAUGAAAAGCGCAAGGCCGAGGAAGAUCUAGAAGAGCUGCGCGACGAGAUGGCAAACAAGUCCUUUACAACCAAGGGACUGAGCAGACAGCUUGAGGAAAAGACAAAUAAGCUCGAGGACGAUUUACAAGAUCUGCAGGAGCGACAUGAUGCCUUGCAAACCCAACUCGCACAGAAAUCGGAUUCGGAGUGGCAGUUGCGUGAGAAAGUUCGCGAACUGGAGCGGGAAGGAGGAUCAGGACUGCGAAAGUUGCAGCAAGACCUUGAUCAAUCUCAGCAACAACGUGACACGUUCGAACGCAAAUUACACAACAUGACCAAACAACUCGAGACUGUCGAGAAGGAAUUGCAAGUCAAAGUUGAGGAGAAAGACCUCUUGCAAACACGUCACGAUGCGUUAACCAAGGAAUCUGCGGAUCUGCAGAAAGACCUUUCCAAAGCGCAGAAAUCAAUCCGAGACCUGGAAAUUGCUCUCGAAGAAGAGAGACAACAUUCCGCCCAGAACGACAACAUUCUAAGAUCACAGCACAAGCAAGAGAUCGACCUUCUCAACGAGCAAAUCGACGGACUGCAUCGGGAAGUGCACUCGAAAGAGCGAGACCAUGCGGCUGAUUUGGAGGAGUGGGAAGCACAGAAACGGACACUUGAAGCAGCUUCUCGGAAAGCGGAAGAGAAAGCCAACGGGCUUCAGCGGACGGUGGAUAAACUCCAAGAUGCGCAAGGAACAAUCAAUGGACGUGAAAUGAAACUGCAGGCGGCACUCGAAAGCGAGAAGCAACGGCAUGAGCAAGAAGAGAAGGUCCUUGCCAAACAGAUUGAGGAGCUCCAACAAGAUCUCGUCAACAAACGAACCGCAUCGGAUGACAACAGGUUGGAGCUCAACAACGCCAAAGAAGAGCUGCGGAUUUCGAUCAGGGAUCAAGCCGCCCUGAGAGAAAAGGUGGCUGAGCUGGAGGAGGAAAUCGAGGUGCUGCAGGCGGAUAUUGAGCAAGAGCACGAGUUCGCCGAGAAGCAACAGCAAAAACACUCCAGUCAUGCGGACGCCCAGAUUCAGCAGAUGCGGCAAGAGAGGCAAUCUCUGCAGACAGAGCUUGCAAAUCUCCGGGGCGACCUGCAGGAUGCACGUUUGGCUCUUGAGAAGACUGAACAAGAACGUGACGCCCUCGAGAUCAAACUUCAAAAUGCUGCAAAAUCCAACGACGACACAUUCGGUAUCGACCAAGAAAAGCGAGAACUAAAACGCAUCAAACUCAAGCUCGAAAAGGACAUUGCCCGUUUGACUACGGAGCGCGACAACCUCCAGGAAGCUAACCAAGCAUUGGAAGAUGAAAUCAACGCCGAGCUUGAGCGAGCGAGCAAGGAAGAGGAUCGCUUAAAUGCUGAGAUAGAUUCGCUCCGGAACCAGAAGAUCUUCAAUGCAGAGAACAGGGAUCGCGAACUCACGUCUGCGAAAAACAAGGCUGCUCGUUUGGAGGCUCGAAUCAAGGAUUUGGAGGGGAUGCUUGACAAUCAUUCGAAAAUUGUCGGAUCUCCGGCUGGAGAUAUGUCUGGGCUCAGACACGAUUUGGCCGAAGCAAGAAAGAAUGAAACAGCAGCCACAAAAAGAGAAACGGAUCUGAAAGCAACCAACCGGGACUUGAAGAUGCAGGUCAACGAGCUUGAACGUGAGCUGCAUGAGGCCAGGCUUGCCCAAUACAAGGCCAAAUCGCCUUCGGUCUCACCCCCUCCGUCACACUCGAAGGAAGUCGCGAGGCUUCGACAAGAGCUUGUCGACAUUCGAGCCGAAGUUCAGGUGUUGAGCUCUGAGAAUCGGGACUUGAAGCGCGCUGCUCGUCGAGCUUCUGUCAAUGAUGAUCAGCUGGCCAUCCUCCAAACUCAGAUCAAAUCUCGCUCUGCAGAGGUUGAAUCCUUGAGCGCGAAGAUUGCGGAGCAAAAUGACCUUGUCGAUGAACUGCAGGAGCAGCUCAACCGUCUCCGCGACAAAGACGGUGAGACACAGCACCUCUCAUCAAGCAUCCGCAAACGUGAUAGACAGAUUAAUGAUCUGAGAGCGCAACUCAAACGCUUGCGGGAAGAACAUGAAGGUGUCAACGACAUGUCCAUGCGACUCUCGGUCCGUGACGAUGAAGCGCGGGAAAUGAAGCACCAGCUCCGACGCUUACGGGAAGAGCGCAGCAUGGCCAACAAAAAGGCUGAAGCCGUCGAGAACGAGCUCGAGGCACUGCAGAGCAAGUAUGAAGACAUGCUAGAACGUCUGACGUCUGGCAAGUCAAGCAAAGAUGAGGUUCGAGCAAAGGAGAUGAAGGGGCUUAUCAAAGAGAUUAUGUGGCUGAAAGCUAAAUGCAGACGGGAAGAACGCCUGCGAAAGGAUCUGGCAUGGAGCAAAGCGUUCCUUGAGCAGGGCGAGGCCGUGAGGGUCGAGUGCAACCAAGUCGAUCUCAACAUCUUGGGAGAAAUGGGCGUGGCUCUUGACAGACGCAAGUACGAGGUGAAGCUGAAGCCAGUACAGAAGCUGCGUGCUGGUGUGUUGACCGUAAUCGCUGCUAUCCGCAUGAGCAACAUGGAGGAACAGUGGAGAGAGGCCAAACUGCUCGGUGAAGAGCUGAAGUUGAUCCGAACCAGGCAAUCGAGGCAGCGUUCGACGAGGCACGUUUUGGAGAUUUGA